CCUUCAUUUUAUUUACAGCGAAUUUAUCCAAUAACGUACUACAACAACCAUACGAGUAUAACAGCUUUUUAUUGCUGGGAUUCGAAUGACGAAGUUGCUUUUACUGUCGCUGUUUACCAGCUCGUUGCUAUGUUCAUAGUUCCAGCAUUUUUUAUGACCAUCUGCUACAUUUGUGUCAUUCGAGAGCUGUGGAGUAGUACCAGAACUGUUGCUGCUAUGACAAGACCGAACGAGAAUGAAUACGGAAGAGAUGAAUGCCGAGGGUCGAAUAAUUACUUAAUGAAAUUUACGUGUGGUCGACAACAGAGGGCGCCACGAACUAGAGUUUUGAGCAUUCACAGGCAAGGGCUGGAAAUUCAACACGCAAGAAAACAGGUCAUUAAGAUGCUCAUCCUCGUUAUUGCUCUUUUCAUGAUAUGUUGGGGUCCCCGGCUCAUCAUGCAUGUUGCUAUAAAGCAUGGUCUUAGCAACUUUACAUAUCACGUCUAUAAUUUAAGAGUAUCAGCUUAUCUACUUUCUUUCGCUCACUCAGCUAUUAACCCUAUAAUAUAUGGUUUCAUGUCCACUAAUUUCCGAAGGAUGAUGCUCCAAUGCUGCAAAGAUGGUCUGUGUGGAAGGAUAUCUUGUUCAACCUGUGCAGAAAGGAGAGUGGCUAGAGGGCAACCGCAGAGACGCACGCUUUCGGAUUCGUAUGAGUUCAGUACGCUUACUAGCAGUACAAGACGCACUCGUUUGGCAAGCUCAGUCAAUGUGGAUGAUUCUAAACUUAAACGUACUGAAGAACAGUGGACAGCUGUGUGAGAAGAUGGUUGGAAUUGCUAAAUUCAACGGAGAUAGCUAUGGAAUCAAUACCAGUGUAUCUUGUAAAGCUUCCCUUGAAUUUAUGUUCAGACUGAUUGCGCAGAGAAUAGCAGAAAAGGUCUAACACGUUUACUAUGUUAUCUACUUGAUUUCGUGGUGCUAAAAUGCCAUUUCUGUACUGUUUUAAACAUUGUCGUUAAAACGUAUAUUUUGUGUUGAAUUCUAAGUGUUUGUAGCAUGUUUAAAUAUUAUUGAACUUGGGGCCCAAUAUGCCCCUAAAUAAUGAAUUCAUCUUACAAAAUGCCAUUUCUAAGUACGAGCCCAGUUAUAAUAUGGUUUAUGUAAUCCUAGCUUUAGUAAGUAUUUUGUGAAUGAAGUAAAGGUGUAUAGUGACAGGAAAGUUUUGCUGUUGUUCCACUGUUCGUUAAAAGCUCGAGUAAAUGCCAGUUUUAAUAACCUUAGUGCAUGCUUUAAGCAGUCUGAAAUAAAAAAGAGACUUUCUGUUAUUUACAAGUAACAAAGGCAGCGUAAUCUUGCAAUAGUUUUAGUUGUGAAUUAUGAAUUGCGAUGUGAUGAAGUACUAACUCAUUUAAGAACAAAAUGAGAUUUAAUUUCAUAUAUACCGCACGAUUUCCCGUUGUCUUUUUUAUAUCUGUUUUGCUCUAAAACCCAUCUACAAUGGAUGAAUAUAAAAGGAAGAAUUUUAAAAAUAUAUCCGUAGUCGCGUGUAAUAGAAAACAAGAGCUUAACGCUAUGGUUUACUGCCUUUAAUACAGAUGUCCGAAUUUAAAUAAUAUAAUUUUAUAUUUAAGAGGUUUUUUUUUUUUUUUUCUUCAAUGGCGGGUGCUUGCCUUUUACGGCACUGGCCACUACUAAGCCAGAAGUGGUGGUCAUUUUAUUACGGAGGCACCUAAUAGGCGGCCACCGCUGAAGGAAGAGACUGACAGUAUUUCGUCCAUCACUGCUCCGGGAUUCGAACCCGUGCCCUUCAGUAUCGCAGUCAGGUUUCCUUAACCACUAUACCGUCUGGGCGGCUGCUUGAGAUUCAUUGGCAUAUUUACUCUUCCGCAUUUUAUCAAAAGUAAGAAUUGAAGAAACAUGAGUUUUGCGAGACUUGGCAUAUUGACUAAUUAUAUCUCUAAAAUUCAACUGCCAAUUUCAGAGGGGAAAAAAGCUAUUAUCAUUUUGAAGAAUUCUGGAAAGGAUUCCGGAAAUUUGGAGCCAAAUUAUUAGUUAUCUGCACAUACAUCCUGGAAGUUUUACAUGUCCUGUUAAAAAUAGCAAAAUAACAACUGCUUCUGAACUCGUGUGCUUCUUGAUGUAGAAACAUAGCGAGAAGUUCAGCAUCGUAAAGAUAAAACACCACCCUCCACAACUCUGAAUGAACGCUAAGAAAAUUACUUUACCAUGUAAUAUAUAUAACACACUUAAUACACUGCCUAAUUACAUUUAAAAAGUCAUGGUCAGCACAAAGAAGACUACUGGUCUGCUUUAAAAAUGCGUCGGCCUUAUCGUUACACAGGUUACUGCUAGAAGACUUCUAGUUGUGGCUAGAGGAUUGCAAGAAUUGGAGGCUCCCUUCAGCCCACCUGGACACAAGUGUCUCCAUAGCUCUAAAGAAGGGGCCCCGUGGCUAGAGGAUGUCACCAUACCAGUUGUGGCUAUAGGAAAUAGUGGAUUACAGAUUGCUGGUUUUCAGCUAUCAAAGAAAGGAUCCGUAACAUUUAUCCCCAUAUUGGUCGUAGCUGGAAACAUUCUGGGGGUAAUUAGCGACUGUCGCCAUACUGAUUGUACCUAGAGAUUGUCAUCAUUUGGUCUCAUCUUGAGAAACCUGGUUUAGAGCAUAUCAACGUAAGGAUCUGUCACGUUUAUCGUCUGCCUGGUCAUGGCUAGAGGCCUUCAAGCAAUGGCUACAUUUUGUCGCCAUUCUAGUCGUGGUAAGAUUAAUAUAUAGAGAUAAGUAAGAUUACUACAUAGAGCAUAUCAUUAACAAGGAUCCAUCACUUUUUGUCGCCAUAUUAAUCCUACUAUUCAAAUACUCCUAAUUUCAGUGGAAACUCCAAUUCCGUGGAUGCUUAUUGUACAGACGGGGAUCAUUUCAGGUAGCUGCGCAUGAUUUCCUGCGAUGCUUGACGUCUACAGCAUUCCUGCGUCAUGGAAGCUUAGAUUUUCAUAAAUGAAUUCGUUUAGCUAACCAUGUUAAUGCCCUCUUCAACACGUUCCUUACCAGUUAUAACAUGUGUACAGAUUAUUGUGUUUGUGAAUAUUCAGUGACCUCCAUUUAUUAUUAUUCAGAACGCUGAAGUGCGUAUAGUGUAACACUUUAACGCGUGGAUGUUUCUUUUAAAAUGAAAGUAUUCGUAAUAUUUUGGAGUUGUAGAAAUGUAAGAUAACCUAGGCAUAUUGUGUGUUAAUUCAUAAAUAUCUAUCUAAACGCAGAGAACGCUAAACAGGAAUUUUUAAAUUUCACAUCGCAUUAACUCACUUUUGCAUAUAAUUUCAUUUUUUAUUACAUACUGAAUUUUAUUUUACAAGAAUAAUUAUAUUUGUUCUUACUACAUUUAGUCCAUUACAUGCUUGUUAUAUAAGAACAAUUAUAUUUUAAAAGAAUGUGUAUAAAAAUAUACCUUUGUAGAAAACUAAAUUAUUAUUGCUUAGUAAUGUUAUACUGAUCAUAAAUGUUUUAUACUGUUAAAGUAAGUACCGAAUGCUUAAAUGCAUUUAAACGAUACUAUGAUUUAUGAUAAUGUUGUAAAAUAGCAUAAAUCACGAUAUUUAUAUAAAAAGAAGCAUUAGAUGUGUUAAACAAUUUUAAUUUGCGGAAGAAUAAGCAUUUUUUACAUUGCGGGUUAAUGAUCUGAGAAUCAAAUCUUAAUUGCUUUUAUUUCUUAAGACUGCAUCGGUGUUUGAAACUAUGAAGGAAGAAACAUACUUUAAAAAACGUCUUCAUAAACUAGAUUCGGUAUAACACAAUGCAUCAUAUAGAUGUUUAAAAAAUGGUAAAUAAUUGUUUUAGGUUUUCAAAUGAUAUCUGAAAUUAAUCGAUACUUCUGACGCUUAAAUUUAUUUGCCAGGCUACUUGCUGACCUGUAUUAAAAUGUCCUGAAAAUGUAAAUGGUUUUGAAUUAUUAAGAAAAAUAAAAUCACUGUGUA